AUGAAAUUUAUACUUACUGAAGACUUUAAAUCCGAAAUUUAUAACCUUCUGGUUCCUUACGACAAUCAUCCAUUAAAUCUUAUGAUAGCAGGUGGAUCUCUUUUGAAUAUCUUAGACAAUCCAAGCAUUUCUUUUUUAAAUUCAUCACAGUGGAAAAUAUUUUAUGCCGAUGAAAGAUGUCAUAAAUCAUGUUUAAAUUUCACUGGUUCUAAACCUUUUCUUUCUUAUUUAAAUACUGAUCAAAUAUUUAAAAUUGAUGUUGAAUCAGAAGAUCCUGUGUCACAAUACAAAAAAGUAUUAGAGCCCAUUGAUUUAUGCUUACUGGGAAUUGGAAGUGAUGGACAUAUUUGUUCGCUUUUUCCUGAUUUAAAUGAUCUUGAUACAACAGAAGAUGUAAUACAAGUAUUUAAUCCUAAUGUUGUAUCUCCCAAUAGAAUAACAGUUUCUUUACAUUUUCUUAAUACUAAAGUUAAUAAUUUAUAUUUUGUUAUUCCUCCUAAAGAAAAAGUAAAGAAUGUAGUAAAACCACAUGAAAGGAUAUGUAAAAGAUUACAAAUUGAAUUUACAAGUAUAAUCGAUAAAAAGUUUAAUACUUAA